AUUUUGCUCCCACUAUCUAUGCUUUAUUGAAAGUCUAGUUUUAGUCUAGUCUGAUGGAGUGUCUCGGAAAUAUCGUGGGUAGUUCCAAUUUUUCUGGAGUCUCUAUCACCCUUUAACAGUGGAUGAAGUUGAAGACAUGCUAGUGUUUUCAACCCAGUUAAUGGGCCAUUUUCAGGCAUAGACAUCCGUUCUUCAUCCUUGUUAAUAUGAUUUGAGAGAAUGGCUUUAGAAAUGCUAUUACGCAAUUGUUAUUUUAAGCUGACAUUUGUUUCUAAAAGAAAUAAUUUUUUUUAUCCUAAUUCUAUUACAUUUCUAUAUUUUGCCUGUCAUAUGUCCUCUUUUUCUGCUAUCAAAGUCCUUAGAUGUAACUAAAGAAUGGAUGAAGAUCAAGAACAGUCGUACAUACUACAAACAUCAUCUUCAUACUAUAAUUCAAAAAUCCGAAAGUGGAACAAUGGUGUAUUAAUUUUAAAAGAAGACAGAUUAGAAUUUUAUGAAAAUGAAGUAAAAGACAAUCAUUUAUGUCUUGAAAUGCUUUUAGAUGACAUCAGUUUGAUACAACGCAAGAAUUCUUCAUUCAUAUUUGGUUCCAUAGUGAUAACUUCUGGAAAUACCAAUCAUUGGUUUGCAUCUUUUUAUAAUAGAGAUUCAGUGUUUAAUGUUUUGUAUCUUUUUUGGAAUCAUAAUGCUAUUUGUGGAAGAUAUUCUGAAAGUAAGUUGCAGCUAGUGAAAGGAGGGAAGUCUGAACUUGGAAAAGAUUUACUGAGGCUUGCUCAAGAAUCUGAAAAGACAUUAGCAGCAACUGCACUGACAUUAAAUCAUCAAGGAAAACAACUUGAUCAUGCUGCAGACAUCAUUGACAAAAUCAAUUCGGAUCUUACCAUUGCUGAAAAAUUACUGGGGCUGAUGAGUUGGACCUUUGGUCUGAAUCAGAGUCAAUCUUCCAGUUGUAAAAAAAAACAGGAAAUCGCAGAUGCGAAGCUUAAUCAGUAUCCUGUUGUAUAUUGUCUUGAUAAAUAUUCUCCUAAUCAAAAUAUAUGGUUGAGUGGAAUCUUAGAAAAAUGUAAUAAUGGUUUAAAAUUAUACAAUGAUAAAUUUAAACUCAUCAAAUACUUUAACAAAGAUGAUGUUAACUAUAUACAGAUUAUUUCAAGUUGGGAAUUGCAGAUAUGUUACGAGGAUGAAGACACUUCAAAUUUUAUGAUAAAAUGUCCUUCUUUGUUAGAAAUUCGAACAAGAUUAAUCAGUCUUUUCUCAGACAGACUUAAGUUUUCUGAUAAUGUUUUUCCAUGGAAUAAAUCCCCAAGUGAAAGUUGCAGCCCCAUAACAACAUGGAAUCCGUGUAACAAAGAAACAGACAAACAGGUUAUAAAGACAAUGACUAGGGGUGAAUUAGAAGAAUUAAAUGCAGCCAUUUCGCAAUUAAAGUCACUUGCAGUUGAAGUUGGAAUAGAGCAAACGAAUCAAAUGGAGAAAAUUGAUGGCUUGUUGCAGUGUGUUAAUAGUACAGAUAUCAGGAUCAAACAGGAUGUCAAAAGUAUCAAAAAAUUAACGUAAUUUCAGUCAGUAAACUUAUUGUCUUCUUUAAUUAUUAAGUAAAUUUAUGUUAAAAUUUUGUAUUCACUUGUGAAUACAUGUAGGUAACAAUAUUUUUCCAUAUUCUUAUUGUGUAAAACAGAACUUAUAUAAUAUAUGAUGGUUAUUAUGUAAAUAAAAUUUUAUGGAUCUAAAAUAUACAAUCUGUGUUUGAUUUCAUUUGUAUCAUAUGCAAUCCAAACAACCAAUUGAUUCUUACAUUUCAUAUUCUAGAAAAUAAUUUUUGAAGAUAUGUAACAAUAUUUUGCACAUUACUUUCUCAUUAAUUGUUCUUAGCAUUUAUACUUCCAGUGUCAAGUAAGUGAGAAAAUGAAUGAAUAGCACUCAAAGUUUGAUCAAUAUAUUUGUAAUACAGUUGUUCAUAGUUGUAAUGAAGAAUGAGGGAGCAAAUGAUAUUGCAGAGUUGAUACUUAGCUGCUAAACCAGUCCAAACAGAUUGAGUGAAUUUGCAGCAUGCUUAUCCCUCCUACUGUGCCAUCUUUACAAUCACUACUGCAUGAUGACAUGACACACGAUCCCUUCACUCAUUUGCUUGCUGCUGUUGUAAAAACAUUGACACUUUCAUGGUCACUUGCCAUUUUCAUAUUUGCUUGCUUUCUAGAGGUGAAAGAAGGCC